ACUCACUCACACUCAGCAUCUUCUCCUUUCUCCUCUUCUUCCAAACUCCACUGCCUCUCUCUCUCUCUCAGGACAGAACACCCCCGUCACCAGCUGACGUCACAAUGGACGACAUUUCCCGACGGCGGAACACCCUCUCCUCCCGCCAGCGUCGGUCAUGGUGCUGCUCCUUCACAGUCCCUCCCUCCAGUCCCGACUCCCUCGCCGACCCUACUAAACCCAUCCACAAUCAUACUAGGCUCGACGUCUCCAAACCCGCCUCCGUCCCCAGCUCCCCCGGCCUCAGCUUAGUCGGCCGGAUCCUUUCCCCGGGUCGGGUCUCCCCUAUCGACUCCAGCCCGAUCCAGCCCGGCCCCUCUCCUCCUCCGCCUCCGCCUCCCUCCUCCGCCGUGAGAUCCGAGAGCUUCCGUGCCGCCCCGGGCCCAGCCCAGACCCGACCCGAAGCCGCCGUCGCUUCGAGGUCGGAGAGUGGCAAUGUGUUCGAUGUGAGGUUGAAUUUGAGAGGGAAGAGGGGCGGGGGCUUGGUUCUGGAGCUCAACUCCGAGGUUCUGAGCUCGAAUUCGGAGCUCUUCGCCGGUUUGAUCAGCGAGUGUAGGAGGAGUAGCGGCGGCUCCUCUUCGUCGGCGUCGGCGUCGGCGGGGUCGAAAAUGUGUCGAAUUGAGGUGCCGGAGGUGGAGAAUUUGGGUGUGUUCAGAGAAGCCAUUGAGCUCAUGUUUGAGGUGGAGGAGGAUGACGUCACCAAGCGGCUGCUCAGGAUUGGAGCGUAUCGAGUUAUUGAUGUGCUUGAGGUAUCUGCAGGCAUCAUGUUCACUAAGGGUGUCUUGUCCUGUUUAAAAUAUCUUGAGGCUGUUCCUUGGACUGAGGAAGAAGAGGAGAAACUUAGGAAUCUGUUUACAAGGUUUAAGUUUGAUGAGACAACGACUAGAGACAUCUUGGCCAGACUUUACUUGCUUGACUCUGUCGAUUCUCAACAAAACUUAUCCAAACAACUUGUCUCGUCUAUCACCACUUGUACAGAUUUAAAUGCAAGGCAUGAACUGAAGUUGUUAGUAAAGGGUCUCCUAUGCAGAAGUUCAGUGUAUAAGAAGGACCAUCAUGACCUGAAUAAGGAAGAUAUUUAUGCCGUAUGUCGGUCAUGUGUGUCUUCACUGGUUAGUCUCUUUGAGGAGGCCAAUGGCAACAUUUCUCAUCAUAAAGCAGGGAAGGAGACAGGUAAGCCUAUGAUAGAACGCGUCUCAAGGCAGGUUGAUAAUAUAAAUUGGCUGCUAGACAUCUUGCUUGAUCAGCAAAUGGCUGAAGAUUUUGUGGAUAUAUGGGCUGAGCAGGGAGAACUUCUUAAAAUGCAUGGUGAUACUUCUCCUAUGGUCAGGUAUGAGCUGAGCCGAGUUUCUGCAAUAUUGUUUGUUGCAAUGGGGACCCGAAAACUACAAUGCCGGUCAGAGUCGAGAUCAGGGCUUCUUCAGGCAUGGUUUGGUCCAAUGCUUCUGGAUUUCGGUUGGCUGCAAAGAUGUAGGAAGGGGCUUGACAUAAAGAGUUUGGAGGAAGCGUUGGGUCAGACGCUCCUUACGCUGCCACUGAAGCAGCAGUAUACGCUUUUUAUGGAAUGGUUCCGAUAUUUCUCAAAGCACAGCACCGACUGCCCUAACCUGAGCAAAGCUUUCCAGAUAUGGUGGCGUAGGUCCUUUCUUAGAGGCUCCGAAACUUCUGCUAUUGAAUCCAGAUGAUUGGUAGAUUGUCUCAGUUUCCACUCUUGUAUUGCAGUAGUGUAGUUGAAAAGUUCCUCUUUAUAUGGAAAUGAAUAAUGUAGAUUAACUCUCUAGAUUUGUUUUGUCAGCUGGUAGAGCAUGAAUGGCAUCAUAAUAUCUGUCUGGUUUAGUUGUCUUC